AAUGUCACGUCAUCGUAGGAGUAUUUUUUUUUUUUUUUUUUUUUUUUUUGUUUUCUUAGUACCAACUUGACAAAACUCUUUUCUAUUCUUUCCUAGUUUUGUUGAUCUUUUCCUACCAAAUUAAGGAAUAAUGGACUUGGCGAUUCUCAGAGAGUGGUUCGACCGAGUUGACUCGUCUCAAACCGGUAACAUUACAGCAUCUCAACUCAAGAAUGCACUUGCUGUCGGAAAUCUCGAUCUCCCACUUUCUGUUGUUCAACAAAUGAUCAGGAUGUAUGAUUUUGAUAAGAAUGGAACAAUGAGUUUUGAAGUUUGUCUAAUUGCAGAAUUUGUUGCCCUUAACCAAUAUCUUUUAAAGGUUCAACAGGCUUUCUCAGACUUAGAAAGGGGCCAAGGAUUUCUUCUCCAUGACGAGGUUCAUGAGGCUCUAGUGAAGCUUGGAUUCUCACUUGAUUCUCCUGCCUUUUACACUGCAUGUGAGAGCUUUGAUCAAAAGAAAAAUGGGACGUUCCGGUUGGAUGCUUUUAUAUCUUUGUGCAUAUUUCUACAAUCUGCUCGCAAUCUUUUUAACUCCUUUGAUACAAAUAAGCAAGGCAGAGUGACUCUUGAUAUGAACCAAUUUAUUUACUGCACUGCGAAUUGUAGAAUAUGAGGUUUCAAUCUGGUACCUAGCUCAUUCUUUGCCCCAGAAGAUCGUUGUGAAGCUGUACAUUUACACUGAUAUUGUAUUUCAAACCAGCGGCAGUUGACUGUGAUGCUAGUCAUGCUACACAAGUAAUACAAGAGUGGGACAGCGGAUUUUGGUUCUUGUAUUAAUAUUGUUAUCAUCUUCUCCUUAUGUAUAUGACUUUGGCCUUUUUUUUCCUAGUGUAAAUUCCAAAAAUCAACAAUUUGUAUGUACAUUACAUUUACAGAAUUAUUGAAACAGAGCUGCGCUUUCAACAUCUUUA